GUUCAUAAGACCCGCCCCCAGUCACCUGUUGAGUACUCAGUUUAGUAUUAUCUCAAAUCGAAAGGAAACCGCUGUUAGCGAUCUUCGUCAUAAAGUGCAUGUCACGUGAGUUUUAAUAAAUCGUGGAUUACUUCAUUUCGAGGGACUUCGUAACGGAUAUAGCACGAACAGUGUGUGGAUACAUAUAUUCGGUUUACCACUAUGUACUCGAUAACAUCGACGAUAACGACAUAGCACCACGAACCGUACAGAUAAAAUAUUUACUGUGUCUGUCUGAUGACCGAAUGGUUAAACAUAACUGCAUUGUUUUCUAUACAUGACAUGAAAUCAUCCACCGAUGACAUUAAUUAGACAAAGGAAGUAAACAGUAAACUGGCCAUGGCGGGAAUACGGCGAAGAGACAGAUCGGAAGUCAGCAUUGUUACCAAAUAUUUCCUAUUUUUUCAAUGUUUUAUUAUGUGGCUGGUGGGCCUGGCCCUGAUGGCGGUCGGUGCGUACAUCCUGACGUACAAGAAGAAGCGGGUCCGUGACGCCAUCGACUUCUUCCUCGACCCAUCGUGCGACCUCUGUCUUGCGGGGUCCGUCGCCUUCUUUGUGUCCUUCUUUGGCUGUAUGGGCUCUCUCAGGGAGAACGUCGUCUUCCUGAAGAUUUAUUACUACUUCACGGCGAUCUUCCUGCUAGGAGAAGUAGUUCUCGCCAUCCUUGUCUUUAUCUUCUACUACGUUCCGGAUGUACGACAAAAGCUCCAUCUAUUUCCGGAAGAGACGUUCCGGGACGCCAUCUUGAAAUACAGAGAUGAUCCUGACAUGCAGAAUCUUAUAGACAACUUUCAAACUAGUAUGGAGUGCUGUGGUCUUUCUAACGACAACGAAGGCUACAAGGACUGGAAUAAUAACGUCUACUUCAACUGCACGGCCUCGAACCCGAGCCCGGAGCGCUGUUCCGUCCCGCCAUCCUGCUGCCGAAUAAAGCCCGGUGACACGACAAAUAUACUAUGUGGAGCGCAUAUAAACAAAAUUGAUAAGGGUGGUUUCGUCGUGCCCCAGGACGUGUCUCGGAUAUACACUAAAGGCUGCCUCAAAGCUCUAGGAGACUGGAUUAACGCCCAUUCCUUGAUGAUUGGGGGUAUUCUUAUAGGAAUACUCAUACCUCAGGUGAUCUUCAUCUGCAUGGCCAGGAACAUGAUCGACUCGGUGAAGGUUCAGCUGCACAAACAGCGACUCAAUGAGGAGCGGCAGCUGAGGCAGGAGCGACAACGAGACCAGAACACAGAGCGAUACUAACUCCAUACCCAGGGGUGGAUCCAGGGGGUACCAAGGAACUCACCCCUCCCUAAAUAUAGUCAAGUUCCUAUCUUUUGUCUGGGAAAAAGUCAUUGGGCUGCCCUUUUUACGAGUUUGUCAAUGUGCCCUUUUUCUUAUCCCAAAAAAUAUUUCCAGGAACCGCCCCUGACAUCUACCUGACUUGAUGACCGAGAGACACAGUGUAUCUGUGCUUCUAUGAAUGGACCCCUGAUGAUGGCAUAAUCUGUCAAACAACAAUGUGAGCAUGUGUUGAAAAGUGAUUGUGUUUUGCCAAAGUAUCUAUACAAUAGUUUUUACAAGUCAGUGGUUAGGAAUUUAUUUUGUUGAACCUUUGUUCUUGCAAUAUCUUAAAAAUCUAGGCUUGAAGUAAUUUUUGAAGCUACAGUUUGUACAUUGAAAUAUGUUUAAUUAAUUGUAUAAUAACGGACAUAAAUUGUGCGGCAAUUUGGGUUAAAUGUUCAAAGUAAUAUCAGUGUAAAUAAUUAAUUUAUUUUGCUACUAACCCAUCGUCAUAAACUUGCUCCACAUGUUAACAUUUACUUCGUCUUAUAGGAGGUUUUGCACCUAAUUCUACAACAAAGGUGAAUAGUAAAGUGACAGAAUGAUUGACAGAUGAUUGCAUAAUUUGGUCACACUCAAAACAGUAUUCUAAAUGCAUUCCUAACCGUGACUGGGUUUUUUCAUUAAUAAAGAAAUAUUUUAAUCAAAUGUUGUGAAUAUAUAUGAUUGUAAUACCCCAGUCUUUCAUCCAAUCUUUCAUCAUGGUGUACUAGUUUUCAUGUGAACGAUGGUUGUGCUAUUGCCGAUUCAUUUGAUAUGGAUUUAACAGUGUAUACUACACAUUCAUUUGGAAAUAUAUCGUACAUGUUAUUAAAUAUUUUAUACACAG